AUGGAAGAAGUUCAAACUUUAGUUAUUGAUAAUGGUUCAAGUAUGUGCAAAGCUGGUUUUGCUGGUGAAAAGGCCCCAGGAGCUAUUUUCCCAUCAAUUGUUGGAUGUCCAAGACACACUGGUGUUAUGUUAAGGCCGGGUAUAAAAGAUUCAUAUAUUGGUGAUGAAGCCCAAUCAAUGAGAGGUAUCUUAACCCUCAGCUACCCAAUUGAAAAAGGUAUCGUUACCAACUGGAUUGAUAUGAGAAAAAUCUGGCAUCAUGUUUUCUAUAAUGAAUUACGUGUUGAUCCAGAAGAGCACCCAGUCUUAUUAACUGAAUCUCCAUUAAAUCCAAAAGCUAACAGAGAAAAUAUGAUCCAAAUUAUGUUCGAAGAAUUCAAACCCCCAGCCAUGUAUGCUUAUAAUCAAGCUGCGUUAUCAUUGUAUGCCUUAGAUCGUACCACUGGAAUUGUUAUAGAUUCAGGUGAUGGGGCUACACAUACUGUUCCAAUCUAUGAAGGUUAUGCUUUACCAUAUGCCAUCUUACGUUUAGAUUUGGCAGGCCGUGAUUUAACCGACUACAUAGCCAGAAUGUUAAUUGAACGUGGUUACUCAUUAACCACCAAUCAUGAAAUCGUCAGAGAUAUCAAAGAAAAAUUAGCCUACGUCGCCUUAGACUUUGAGGCUGAAAUGCAAACUGCUGCCUCAUCAAUUGCUUUUGAUAAAUCAUACGAAUUACCGGAUGGCCAAGUCAUUACCAUCGGUAACGAGCGUUUCCGUUGCCCAGAAGCCUUAUUCCAACCAUCAUUCUUAGGUAUGAGGUCAGAUGGUAUCCACAAAACCACUUACAACUCAAUCAUGAAAUGUGCUGACGACAUCCAUAAAAAAUUAUAUGGUAAUAUAGUCUUUUCGGGUGGUACAACUAUGUUCCCAGGUAUUGCUGAUCGUAUGAACAAAGAAUUAACUGCUUUAGCCCCAUCAACCAUGAAAAUUAAAAUCAUUACUCCACCAAAACGUAAAUACUCUUCCUGGAUAGGUGGUUCAAUUUUAGCUUCACUCUCAACUUUCCAACAAAUGUGGAUUUCAAAAGAAGAAUAUGAAGAAUCAGGCCCAUUAAUUGUUCAUCGAAAAUGCUUCUAA